AUGAAGGAGACCGUAAACGUGGCUACCGUUUCCCGGCCGGGAUCGCCGACGUCGGUGCCGGCAACGGAACAGUUCAUCAAAGACCUGGGCGUUCAAUCUGAAGUAGCGGAGAGCAUGACGAAGAAGCUGAGGGAAGAAUGCUCCACCUUAAAGGACAAAUUGGCGGAGAAAGAAGAACAGAUUUUGUCUGUCACCAAAACAUACGAGCUACGAGCGAAGGAAUUAGAGGAUGAAGCUGCCAAUUUGAAGCAGAGUCUGGAAACCUCCAUGGCUCAAACCAGAACCCUAGAGGAAAAAUUGGAGUCCAAAUCAAACGAUGUAAAGCAAUUGGAAGAGAGUAAGCUACAAACAUUGGCUCAGGCGAAAACUCUAGAGGAUCAAGUUGCAGGUUUGAAGCACAAACUGGACACUUCAUCUGCUCAGAAGAAAGAUCUAGAGGAACAAGUUGAAGAUUUGAAGCUCGAGCUGGAAACUUCAUCCGCUCAGAAAAGUGACCUGGAAGAGAAAAUGGAAUUCAAAUCAUAUCAAGUAAAACAGUUAGAACAGAACUUGGAAGAGUCGCGCGUAGACAAGGCUGAACUGGAUUGCAGAUUGCUCGAACUGAAACAAUCGGAAGAAAUCAAUUCCAUAUUACAAGCCAAGAUCGCAGAAAUGGAAAUAAGAUACGAAGCAAAAGAAGACGAACUUUUAGAUUUCAUAAGAAAACAUGAGGAAAACCAGAGGCGUUCAAUUUCCAGGAUUGAUGAAAUGACAAGAGAGGCAAACAAUCUGGAACAACAACUGGAAUCUCUACGUCUAGAGAAGAUCAAAUUGGACGAAAAACUCGAGACUGUAACCAAGGAAAAAUCCGAUCAAAUCCAGGACUUAUCAGAAAAAAUGGAGAUUCUGCAAGAGGAGCUACUCUCACUGGGAAACCAGAAAUCAGAGCUGGAACAAUCCCUUAAGAAGAAAUCACGCCAAGUAUCCGAAUGCGAAUUGGAGAUAGAAGCACUGAAACAGAACAUAACAAGCAUGUUAUCAUCAUCAGAAGAAGAAGAUGACGAAAGCCUUGAAAUGCAGGAAACUUCCAUGGAAACAGAAGAUAACAAAACCCCAACAGAGAAGGUGAGUAAUCUCCAGAAAGAGCUAAUAACCAUAGAAACCGAGAAAAGCAUCCUGCAACUAAAACUGGAGAAAGAGAGACAAGAAUCCACCCAGGACCUCACAGAGAUGGAGAAGAAGACAAGAGACUUAGAAACCAAAAUCUCAGAGCAGCAAACCCUAAUCAACAAACAACACCACACCAUAAACAAACUAAACAGACAACACAUACAAAUGCAGGCCAAACACGAAGAAGCCAGCACCAAUUUCCAGAACGCAGAACGCAAAAUAGACGAAAUGUUAGAAGAGCUACGCAAGAAAUACGAAGACAGCCUGAGAAUCCUAAGCAGAAGGAUCCGAGUAGCCGAACAGCUCCACACAGAGAACAAGGAAUGGUACCUCCAAACCCGAGAAAAAUUCGAGCAAGAAACCAAAGAACUGAAACAACUCACAGAGAAACACGAAAUCGGAGUCCAGAAGAUCAAGGAAAUGUCAGCAGUGGCCAACGACGCACUCACUUCACUCGACACCGUCUCUCUACGCUUCGAGAAAUGCACAUCCAACUUCAUAAACCGAAUCUCCAGCAUGUCCUGCGAGCUCAACUUCGCCAAGGAAUGGGUUUCCAGGAAACACAAAGCCAUAGCGCACGUGAAGGGGGACCUGGACUGCUUGCUGGCCCAGCUGGACGAGAAAGAAGAAGAGAUAUGGCAGUACAGGGAGAAAGUGUGGAAGUCGGAGAACAAAGUGAGGGAGUUGGAGAAGAUGAUCAAACACAGCGAUGACGCCAUGUGUGAUCUCAAAGAAGAGAAGAGGGAGGCCAUUAGACAGCUUUGCGUGUGGAUCGAUUAUCACCGGAGCCGCUGCGAAUACUACAAGAAAAGGCUCGUCGAAGUUGGCUUCUUCAAAGGUCCAUUAGGAUUUUAA